AUGAGUUAUUUAAAUAAUAGAAAAAUAAGAGAAGCUGACUCAACAGAGACAAAUUAUUCCGUCAAUCUCAACAUCAAAGUGGCAGUGGAAUAUUCAAAGGAAUUGAGGAGUGUAUACAACCCAUUGGUUACACUUACUUUAGGUGCAGGGAUAUUAGUAUUAAUUAUAGGUGCAGUACAAUACUUAUUGGGAAAUGCAAGAAGUCCUCUUUUCUUAUUCAAAAUGUUUAAUAUAUUGGUGUUUCAAGGAGUUGAAAUGAGCUUGUUCUGUUUCGGCUCUUCAUUCAUUCAGUCGGCGAGUUCAGACCUGCAGUUUACUGCGUACAGUAGUGAAUGGUACAAGGCAAGUAUCCCUAUGAGACAGGCUCUACAGAUAAUGAUGAUCGGAGCGAGAAAAGGAGUUGGACUCACCGCUAUCAGAAUGUAUCCUGUGAAUCGGGAAACGUUAAUGACAAUCCUGCAGUUCACGUAUUCUACUUCAACUCUAUUGUCAAAUAUGAAUGAACAGAUGUAAAGAACGGAAAC